UAGGCAACGCUAAUUAGUGAUUAAUUUGUCUACCAUGAAUAAAUCAUAACGGUUUACAAUCUCAUUACAAGAACAAAAUAAAUAAAUUUCACAACCCACCCACACAAACCCUACCUCUCUCUCUCUCCCUCCUCUGCUCUUUCGCUGAGUCAAAAACCAAAACGCAAUAGAACUAGGGUUUUGCAAUUUAACAGUAUAAAGAAGUAGCGAGCGUUGUGGAAUCCAAUCUGUCUUCGUUUUCGUACCUUUCAAAUUUCAGAUCUCGCUUAUCUACUCUGAGGCUGAAUCAGGUUCCACAAUGGCUAACAAAUCUAAAGAAGAACCUAAAACUGCUCCUGAGCCUGAUAAGUGGUACAAUCUCACCCUAGGACCUUCUUUUAAAGAUGAUUCCGCUAACAAAUACUGCACUCUGCGAUAUGAAUUUAAGCCAGCUUCAGUUGAUAAGACUAAGCCAGGAUUGCUACGCAAGACCAAAGAGAAUAGAGUCUCUGUGGAAUUUCAGAACAACCAAGUAGGAAAACCCAAGGUGACAUUUGAGGGUAAUAGUGAGGAAUACAAGGAAAACGAUGCUGUAUUGUUCUUUGAUGGUAAGACACUUCGAUUGGAGCGGCUUGAUAGGGCUGUAAAGCAACUGCGUCACCUUCGAAUGCCUGGUGAGUCUUCAGCUGCGGCGGUUGGAACUGUUACUGCUCCGUCUGGACCAGCUUUGGACCCUCGUUUAUCUCCCGUUGGGAAGUUCGUAAAACCAACACCUUUUGCCAGUGGUCGGAGCUCAGUUCAUGCUGUACCAGUUGAAGUGGAGCGUAUUGAUGUUGGUGGACCUGAUAAUACCGGCAUCAAAUCUGAUUCUAAGAGGUCAUAUGAUCAGAUAACUGAACCACCCAUUGUUUCUGCUACCUCACCAGCUGCUAUAAAUGAAGUUGAGGAACAUCGAGAUAUAGAUAUUGAUGACCUCUUUGGCAGUGGAUCACCGAUGGAUGACAAUAAUGUUGAAGAAAAGGAUAAUGUUGGAUUUGACAUGAAUAUUCCGCUAACUGACGAUGAGAUUCCUGAUGUUGAUGAUAGUGGUGAUGAGGUGGACAAAGGACCCAAUGCUGCUGAAGCUCUCAGAGCCCAAGUGAAUGCAGAGGGGAGGCAUGAGCAAACAUCUACUUCCAGCAGUAGCAGUGGCAGUGGAAGCAGUGAAAGUGGCAGUGGUAGUGGGAGCAGUAGCAGUAGUGAUAGUGAAGGCAGCGAUGAAGACUCGGUUAACUCAAUAUAAAAUUGCACAACCGAGGGAUUUUUAUUUAUUUUCCUUUUAUCAUUUUUAUCUUUUUUGUUGCAAAUAAUCUAAUCUAUAGAACAUGUUUAUAAAAGCCUAGGUUAGAAGAAGUAGAUUCUAAAAGGUUUGGAAUUUUGUUAACACUGGCAAUGUAAAAAAUUUACUAUUGUAGAGGUAAAAAGGAUUUGAACCUUAACUGGUAAAUAGCAGGUUUUGUUCAGCUUGUCUUAGGUUAAUCUUGGACCAUGAUAAUAGUAAGUUAAUGCUAUUCAGACACA